GGAGAGGGUGGAGAAGGAGAAGCUGGCCGCAGAGAAGGAGAGGGUGGAGAAGGAGAAGCUGGCCGCAGAGAAGGAGAGGGUGGAGAAGGAGAAGCUGGCCGCAGAGAAGGAGCGGGUGGCAGCGGAGAAGGAGAGGGUGGAGAAGGAGAAGCUGGCAGCAGAGAAGGAGAGGGUGGAGAAGCUGGGAGAGAAAGAGAGGGAAAGUCGUCUUCCGCCGUGGAAACGUGGACGUGACUUUAUGUCAGUGUCCUCCCAUCUGAGGUCAGAGGAAACUGCUAUGGACCAGAGAGCCAACACAGAGAAGUCCCUCCUCUCAACCACUUCCCCGCCCGCAGUCAUCCCCAAGAAGCCCCGCAUGUUCUCCGACACCUCCUCCGGCUCCAUGACAUCCCCACCCAAACCCAGGCAGCAGGGGUCAGUGGUGGUGACCUCGUCUGGUGGACCACCUGAACCACAGGGUAUAUCCUUGAAGCCCCUCGGGUCGGGAGUCCUUGUGUCAGGGCCACCACAGCAGGCGGACCCCAUUGUCCCCACCUCACCGAACAAGCAGUCCAUGGAGAAGGCUGACGGGAGGGUGGAGAAGGAGCGCGACAGAGGGACUUCUAAACCCGGGGAGACCAGGAGAAGAGGACCCGAGGAAGCUGUUGAUGUGGAGCCCAUGGGGCCUGUUUUGCCCCCUUCACACCUCCAGGGGGAUAGAGACAAGCGGAAGAAGGAAGAGGAGAGGAAGAAGGAAGAGGAGAGGAAGAAGGAAGAGAAGGGCAGGCAGGGGAAGCGGGCAAGCGACAGGUCUCCCCCCUCCAGUGGUGGGGACUCUUCGGACUCGGACACCGGAUCCUCUUCGUCCCGUUCCUCCGGCUCCCCGGACAAAACGAAGAAGAAGUCUGGCCAAGGAAAAGGAAGAGCGGACACAGGAGUGAAGAGCCAGCCUACCAGGGAGGUGAAGCAGUCUUCCCUGACCGAGCCAUCCGGCCCUGGUCCUAUGGAGGUGGAGGAGAGGCCCGUCCCUGAGGGCUCCAGGGCCCCCCAGCCCGGCCCCGACGGGGACAGGGAGAACAUUGAGGGCCGCAUGGAGGAGAACACCACCCCUAAAGCGUUCGCUGCCCGCAAGAUCUCCCUGACCAGCAGUAAGACCUCUCCAGAUGCAGGAGGAGAAGCAGAGUCUGGGGCCGCUGCAGGGAGGAAGAGGAGGUGGGGUUCCAGCACAGCCGUCACCGCUAAGAAACCGUCUAUCAGCAUAACCACAGACUCCCUCAAGUCUCUGAUCCCAGACAUAAAGCCCAGCCAGGAGGCUGUGGUUGACCUCCACCCAGAUGACAUCCAACUGUCCGGGGACGAGGACAGCUCCUCCACACCCAGGGACACCAUGGAAGAACCGGGUCUGGACCAGGGACUCAAGAUCAGACGCACCGUCACACAGGUUGUCUCUGGUGAAAACCAGGAGAAUGGCCAGGCAGGACAAGAGGAGGAGGAGGAGGAGGAGGAGGAGGAGGAAGAGGAGGCAGCAGCGGCCAAGAAGAAACAGGAGCGUGACAGGGAGAGGACACACAAAGAGAAGAGGAAGAACAGCUCCUCGGAAGACGCCAUGGAGUUUCAGGCGUCGGCAACACAUGAGGCUGAAGCCAAGAAAGUGACCCCCAGUGAUACUCUGGUCCGUCGCUCGAUCAGUCAGCAGAAGUCUGGCGUGUCCGUCACCAUCGACGACCCGGUCCGCACCACCAAACAGCCCUCCCCGCCUCGAGGCAAGUUGUCCAACAUCGUCCACGUGUGUAACCUGGUGCGACCUUUCACCCUGGGUCAGCUGAAAGAGCUGCUCAACAGGACCGGUACGGUGGUGGAGGACGGCUUCUGGAUCGACAAAAUCAAGUCUCACUGCUACGUGACCUACUCCAGCACAGAAGAGGCCGUGGCCACACGAGCUGCUCUACACGGGGUGACGUGGCCUCAGAGCAACCCCAAGGUCCUCAGCGUGGACUUCUGUGAGCAGAACGAGCUGGACUUCCACAAAGGCCUGCUGGCAGUGGAUCCCCGAGAGGAACAGCGCCGUCCCCCCGCCACCGGGCCCGCCGGGCCCCACGUACGUCCCGGGGCGCUGCCCCCCCUGAUGCCUGAGCGAGACGGGCGUGGGGAGCGCGGCACCGUCGGAGGGGUGCGGGACCAGUGGGCAGAGAGGGAGCGGGAGAUGGAGCGCCGGGAGCGGACCAGGGCGGAGCGAGAGUGGGACCGGGACAAGAUCCGAGACUUCGGAGGCAAACCCGGGGAGGAGAGGGGGAGGAGAUCUCGCUCUCUGGAUAGAGAGAGGAGGCGGAAGGAGAGGGAGGGGAAGGACAAGAAGAUGGACAAGAAGGACGAGCCUCCUGCCAAACUGCUAGAUGACCUCUUCAAUAAAACCAAAGCAGCUCCCUGUAUUUACUGGCUUCCCCUCACUGAUGAACAGGCCAACCAGAGGGGGAAGGACCGAGAAGACCGACAGAAAGAACGAGAGAAGCGGCGGAAAGAACUACAGGAGGAGGAGGACAAGAAGCGAGAGGAGGAGAGGAAGGAGAGGAUUAAAACCAGAGAGAAGGAGGGAGGAGCCGCCGGCGGCAGCGUUGGAGGAGGCGGUAGUGUGAGGGGAUCUGAGGGAGAGCGGGAGCGAGGGAGGGAGAGAGAGGGGGAGAGAGGGAGGGAGAGGGACGCAGACAGGCGGAGGGACAGCGGCGGUUCCCGACCCCGAGUUCCCGACCCCAAGACCUCGGCUGGGUUCCGCCGCUCUCGUAGCCGUAGCAACCCCAGAGACAGACGCCGCUGAGAGUGGCAAAAGGGGAGAGAGAGAGAGAGAGAGAGAGAUGGAGGGAGGGAGGGAGUAGGGAGGAGAAAGGAUGCAGUCCCUCCGCCAACACAACUGAACACAGCAGAAAGAGAGAUCUAGUCCCCCUCCUGAUGUUAAACCACUUCCAUAGUCUUCAGGACUGCUUGCCUUCGUCCUUUAAGGGAAUCUGUCAUUUAGAAAAGCCUCACCGAGCCCAUCUGUCCCCGUCUGUCUCACAUGUUUAAAUGGAUAGGUCUCAUAUUGUUAGUGAACAGCGGCUGCGUACUGGCUCCUAUCCCAUUUCCUGUAACAGGUCCUAUAGUGUGCCGUCUAGGGUGUUGAGGGGGUGCCGUUUCGGAACACAGUCUCCCAUAGUCUCUGAAUCUCUGUGGUCAGUCCUAUACAGGCCCUGCUGUGCCCAUGCUUGUGGGUGUAGGUCUUCCUUAUACGAAGCAGUCUAGAGGGCUAUUUGUGGGCCCUAAACCCUCCUGUGAUCUAAUCAGAGAGCAGGAUCAUAGGUGGAGGUCUGGCUGGGCGGACUAGUGUGCACUGCACUCUUGAGGCUUGGAUUGGACCGUUGUUCCACAGAGUUUGUGGGCACACGGUUCUAAGACGCUUCCCUGUAAUAAUCCAUUUUAAAAAUAGCAGCCCUGCCCAUAGAUCUAGAAUCUUUUUUUAUAUCUAUGGCCCCGCCUAUCAAACCCCCAACGUGUUCUAGAAGAAAUUUUAUUAUUCAAAAAAAAGUUUAGUUUUUUUUUUUUUUUUUCUACCAGUACCAAGAUCCUUUGUGGGGUCGUGUGAAGGAGGUUAUUUUUCUGUGUUCAAGUUUUAUUCGGGUGCAUCAUGUGAGUCUCAGCCUUGGAUGGGUUGUGUUGGGUUGUUAGGGCGUGUGUGUGGUUUGGCAGUGCUCUACAUCACCACACUAAAGUUCCAGUUGGUUUGUGUCAUUACACUGAAAGCAGCAUAUGCCUAAAAAAAACCUAACUAAACUGUAGAAUUGCCUUGUAAGAUGGGUAGGGGCAUUUUGGGUGGGGUGGGGGACUGAUUUAAUUGACGCACAGUUGGCAUGUGUUCUGCUUGGGGUGGGGGAACCAAAAGCACUGAAUCUGUGGUACUGGAAAUACAUGUAAACCUGUCCCCUUUUUCUGUCCUUCUUUGCUCAGUUCCCUUGACCAUCCCAGUUUUCUUUUUCUUUUUG